AUGCCUCCGAAGCGCGCGAUAGCCGCAAAGGCGCCCGAGAAGCCCGUCCUAGAGCGCGAUCCGCGUCGCGGUCGCGCCGCGGCUAGAGCGUACAAUAUUUACCUCCGCUAUAUAGAGGCUAUAGAGCAUAUGUUUAAGGUAGUAGACGCGAACGGCGUCGCCGAGCGCGCCUACAACGGCGUAAUAGCUCCCGGCCGUAAGAAGAAGUGCUAG